CGCGGUGGCAGCCGGGAUGCUGGCGGAGUGCGGGCCGGCGGGGCCAGGUCCCGCGCCCCCGGCCUGGCAUGGCCGGCCUCAUCAAGAAGCAGAUCUUGAAGCACCUGUCCAGGUUUACGAAAAACCUCUCUCCAGACAAAAUCAACCUGAGCACACUGAAAGGUCAAGGGCAGCUGACUAACUUGGAACUGGAUGAAGAGGUGCUGCAGAAUGUGUUGGAGCUGCCCACCUGGCUUGCUAUCACACGAGUCUAUUGUAACAAGGCUUCCAUUCGGAUCCAGUGGACAAAACUGAAGACGCACCCGAUCUGCCUGUACUUGGAUAAGGUGGAAGUGGAGAUGCGAACAUGUGAAGAGCCUCGGCCACCCAAUGGACAGUCUCCUAUUGCUCUUGCUGCAGGUCAGAGUGAAUAUGGCUUUGCUGAAAAGGUGGUGGAGGGGAUGUUUAUUGUCGUCAAUUCCAUCACUAUCAAGAUUCACUCCAAGGCCUUUCACGCCUCUCUUGAACUAUGGCAGCUCCAAGGAUACAGCGUCAACCCCAGUUGGCAGCGGAGUGACCUGCGGCUCACCCGCAUCACUGACCCUCAAAGAGGAGAGGUCUUAACGUUUAAAGAGCUCACCUGGCAGACGCUUAGGAUAGAGGCUGAUGCCACUGACAAUGGUGAUCAAGAUCCUAUUACCACUCCUCUGAGACUCAUUACCAAUCAGGGCAGGAUCCAGAUAUCUCUCAAGAGAAGGACAAAGGAUUGCAAUGUGGUGGCCUCUAAGCUCAUGUUCCUCCUUGAUGACUUGCUCUGGGUGCUGACAGACUCUCAGCUGAAAGCAAUGAUGAAGUAUGCAGAGUCCCUGAGUGAAGCCAUGGAGAAGUCUGCCCAGCAGAGGAAGAGCAUGGCUCCAGAACCUGUCCAGUUAUGUACCAAUAAUUGCAGCAGAGAGAAAAUGAAAUUAAGGGGUACAAGGCAAGGGAUGAAAGACAUUUUCAGCAGAGACUUGCAACACGAUGGAGAGCGUGAGAUUACACCACCUGCUCCUGCUGCCCAGCAGUCAUGGUCCCAGCCAUUUGGAGGUAGCCCAAAUGCAAGCAGCAUUGGCCAAUACUUUGAGAAAUAUGACAUGAAAGAGUCGUCCUACCACCUGCUCAUCUCUCGCCUAGACCUGCACAUCUGUGAUGACAGCCACACCCGGGACUCAGACACCUCCAACCAUAGAGUGCUGGGAGGCGCAAUGCAGCUGACCUUCAGGAGGAUGGCAUUUGACUAUUACCCCUUCCACUGGGCAGGAGACACCUGCAAGCAUUGGGUGAGGUACUGUGAGGCGAUGGAGACUCGGGGACAGUGGGCGAAGAAGCUCGUGAACGAUUUUCAAAGCAAGAUGGAGAAGCAGUGUGAAGAAAUGGACCCCGCAUCUGCAAAGAUUCCACUGUCGCCCUUCAAAAAGAAACCAGACCUGUCCAGUCCUCACAAAAGUUCUCCAGAGAAAGGCCAUUCUCAGGCCCGGGCUCCUCCCUUGAGCUUACCCCAGCUUCGGCGCCCUGCCUGGAACCGGCUUCGAUCCAGCUGUGUGGUAGUCCGAGUGGAUGACCUGGACAUCCAUCAGGUUUCUACUGCUGGGCACCGUAGUAAGAAGCCUUCCUCCUUGCUCUCCUGCAGCAGGAAAUCCCUGAACCUUCCCAAAGAGGUCUCUGCAAUCCACAUUGAGUUCACAGAGUACUACUUCUCAGACAAUCAGGAAUUCCCAGUUCCAUGCCCCAACCUGUAUGUGCAGCUGAAUGGCCUGAUGUUUACCCUGGAUACAGUGAGCAUGCUCUGGGUGAAUUUCUUCUGCCUGGAUCUUUAUCGCAGCCUGGAGCAAUUCAAAGCCAUCUACAAGCUGGAGACCUCUGGCAAGCAGGAUGAGCACGUUGAUGUUCGACUAGAUGGCUUUGGGCUGAAGCUAAACAUCCCGGUGGAGAAGAAAGUCACUGACCACCGGGACCGCCCGCAGACCCUCUCAGUCCGCAUGUCCGAGAUGACUGCCACCAACACACGCCAUGCUCCACACUGCAGCUGCCUUGCCCUCCAGAACCUCUUCCGCAGAUUUGCCAACUCUGAGUUCUUUCACUCUACCUACACCCACUUUCCAAAGUCUCGGGACAGCUUCAGCAUCCUCCACACCCUCUUCUUAAGGCAUGCAUACCAGGUGGAUGCCAGAGCCGAAAAUCACACGGGUUUUCCCCUGGUGACACAGAGGACCGCUGCUUCUGACGACCUGUGGUCUAUUAAUUUCACCCAGAUUUCCUUGGACUUUGAGGGGGCUGAGAGUUCAAAGGGCAGAGCUGUGAACUUCAUUGAUCCUUUCCCCCUCUCAGUUUGGGUUUGCUGUCCCAAGAAAUGGCAGCAGGCUCAAGCCUGGAAGCAACAGGCCUCUGCUGCUUUGGAGGUAAAAAUCAAGCCUUCUGCAAGCUUUAGUAAUCAUGCCAAACACCAGGACCUUACCGUAGAGUCUGGGAUCCGCCAAAGAUCAAAGACUGAGCAAGACCUGAAAAGCAUCCACAAGAUCCCAGAGGCAAUGGAUGUCUUGAGAGAAAGUGACUGUGAAAUUAAUGACAGAGGGGGUGAUAAAGAGCUAGAAGCCUCUGCUGAUAUUCACAUGCUUAUGUACUCAGCUGCUCAUGUGAAAGUUCGGCUGAAUCACUACCAAUACUUGGUGCUGCUCAGGAUGAGGGAAGUUAUGCAGACACUGCAAGAGCAGUUGGCCCAAGAUACACAGGAGGUGAUUGGAUCCCCCAUAGAACCCCUGACUGCUUGCUUGGGUCUCCUGUUCAACAGUGCAGAAGUGGCCCUGCUCAUGAAUCCCAUCCCAGGCUCUGGCUCAGAACCUAGGUCUGUGGACUCCGAUACAACGAGCCUGAUGAUGGGGUCUGAGCUGUCUCCUUCAGACAGCAAGGAGGGGCUGGCUGCUGAAGAGAAGGAGUUGAAAUCAGAUGCUAGCUCAGAGAAGGAAAUGGGCAGUCCCUUAAAAGUCCCAGAGGAUAGUGAGAAUGAAAACACAGAUGUGAGCAUUACCAGUGAGCUGCUGGAGAAACUGCCAAAAUCUUUGACUGAUGAAACUCUGGAAGCAACCGAUAUGGCAGAUCCACAGAGCAGGAGCGUGGAGGAGAAAGGACCAAUAGAAGAAGCACAUGAAGCUGUAGAAGCCCUGGAUGCAGAGAGAGUGACUGAGCAUAGCAGUCAAACCUCUCUUGCCCUUCCUUCCAGCUCAUCUGAGGUUCAGGCAAUGGGAAAUGGAAGUAUCAUGCUCAAUGGAGAAGUAGAACUAAUGCCAUUAAAGAGCUUGGAGGUGGAAUUCUCGAGUGCACUUCAUAUGACAAAAGAUGCCACUAAAGAAGCUCUGCAUGCGACCAUGGACCUCACCAAAGAAGCUAUGUCGAUGACUAAAGAUGCUUUCAGCCUGAGUCGGGAAAGGAUGGCUUCCACCAUGCAGAAAAUGCUCUCUCUACCGCCAACCAAGGAUCCUGUGCCUAAAGUUGAAGAGGGGCCAGCAACUCCCGGGGGAAGCAGCAGCCGGAUGCGUUUCUUCUCCAUGAAGAGGACAGCAUCCCAGCAUUCUUUUGAUGCCACCUCCGUAGAUGGGAGUGGCCCCGAGGACCGGAUCUCUGUGGACAGUGACGGCAGUGAUGGGGGCUUUGUGAUGCUCACAGACUCUGAACCCAGCCUGGAUCAUUUUCCCACAGGACACCUUCCUCGUGGCCUUAACGAUGCAGGCAGCAGAGGAAGCCCAAUGGCAGAGGAUGAGGGUGGAGGGUCACCUGACAUAAAUAGCUCAUCUCUUCAGAGCGGAGAAGACCCCAGUCUUCAGCUGGUGUCUGUUCUGGUGCUAAAAAUGAAUGAGGUGAACUGCGGGAUAGAAGCGAGAGGAGAUGAUAUGUUGCUUGCUGUACAAGCUACGGAGGUUAUUCCAGAGCAGCUGGGAAAUACUGGAAUGUGGCAGUAUCUUCAUAGCUACGUGGGAGAACUAAGCGUAGAGAAACCCUCAGCCACAGAAACUAGUCAGACUCAGCCAGAAGUGUGCAUGCGUCUUGAAAUGGGACCCAGUGCCGUUGUGCAUUCGCCCCUCGCUGUUCAGAACGGGUUCCUUCAAAUGCUGAUCCACAACUACCAGGCAGAGCUCUUGAUGUCUUUCCUUACCAACCUCGGCCCUUUCCUUGAGGAUGAAGUGAUACCGGAGGUGAUCCCCAUGAAAAUAGAGAUUGUGAACACCAAGAUCACGCUGAAGGAUGACAGCCCUCCAAUAUACCCUACCUCCCCUGGUCCUAUCCCCAUCACCUUGGCUGUGGAUCACGUUGUUGUGACGCGCAAAGAUGACGGGGUGUUCUACGUAACAGCUGUUGAGGGUGAAGGACCAUAUUUGCGGAAAAGGCCUGAGCCAGACCUUCAGGAGCACAAAGUCUCAGCACUAAGAGUCCCAGCAGCUCCUGCAGGAGCAGUGCAUGAAUUGCAGCUGAAGGAAGUGCCGGAGUUGCAGAAGGAGCUGGAGGGCACGAAAAUGGCCCUAGAAGCCGCCAACAAGGACAAAGAACGCCUUCUGCAGGAAAUCCGCAAACACGACCCCCUCUUCCAGCUCUGACAGCAGAGGUCUGCCCUGCCCACCACUGCUCAGGAGGAGCAGGGAUCACCACCAGCACUGAGGUGGCUAGUUUGUGACGUGGCUGCUAAACAGGUCAACCUCUGUACAGAGGAAUCACUUGGGGGAAUGGGAACCCAAAUGCUGCUGUAAGAGGAACUCCGAAGUGUGUGACGAGAGGAAAGGAGGCCCGGCUUGGGGAAGGGGGAUGAGCAAGAGGAGCUCCCUGGUUCUGGUCUGGCAGCCACGUUCCUCUGUCCUGGCAGUGUGGUGCUACCCUCUAUCACUGACCCAGUGCAGAGCUCAGUCAAGGAGCCCAAAAUGCCAGAACAGUAGUCAGGAGCCAGGGUCUCCUUGUCUUGUCAGUUGACAACAGAGAUGACUGCCUACUUUCACCCGCUGACUGUCUGCUUCCUCUCUCGUGUUUGCUCCUCAUGCUGGGUGGUGCCGCUUGGUUCUUCAUCUAGCAUUGUCCUGUGUGUUUUUGUCCAGAUGCACUCACCAAAGAGCACAGAUGAAAGCAAUAAGGUCCAUUUGUCAAGGCCAGGCCUAGUCAGAUAUUUCAGUGGAUGUUGCACAGAGUUCUUUGGUGAGAGCAUGAUGUAGCCCAAGACUGGAAUGAAACUGUAGGGCUUGCUGUGUGUGGGAGAUAGAGAAAUCUCUCCUCUAGGGAGAAGAAAUGUGGCCUGGAGCUUCCCCUGAGGAACCCGGGGAGCCAUAGUAGAAAGGAUUCCCCCUAGUUCCCUUUUCCACUAACCAUUUGCUGCCUUGGGAUUGAACCAGUGUAUAUGCUAGUUUAAAAACCAUCUACCCUUUCUGAAGCCCACUUCCCACACAGUGUCCAGACACCCUAGCUAUUGCCUGUACCCCAGUGCAAGACUGCCAUGUUCCCUCACCUGUUGGGUAACACAUGCUGGGCAAGUUCAGCUUUAUCUCCUGUGCUGAAGCCUGUGGGAAUCCAGCAUCUCCUCUCAAAGAAUGAUUUAAUCUUUCUUUGAAGCAAGGAAUCAGGGUGAAUGGAGUGCUUUGCAGGUCAUGGUUGAGGAAAGGAGGCUAGCUUAUGAACUGCACUUAUCUGUCAGAGGUGCACAGACUGCAGCAACAGAAGCCUAGAGAGCAACAGUAACUUCUUAGCUUUCCAACCUGAAGCAUGAGCUGAACCGACAGUUGAAUGUUCAGCCAGGCGCUUAUGUGUUUCAUCAGGACACUGAGCACUGGGACCUUUUCUGAGAGGGUUCUGGUUGCCUCUUCACUGUGCUAUUCCUGUGAAGGGACCAAGGCAGCAACUGUGGUGUUCACUGUGGUAAAAUGCCAGCUAAAUGCUACCCCUUUUCCAACAUACUGUCCUGAAGCAGUUGAAGUCUUUGAAGUUAGUCUGUGCCCGUUUUCACGUCAAAAGACAGCUUCCCCAGGUAUGAAGCUUAGUAAAAUGUGAAGUAGGCAUUGGUAGAAAACUACUGGAGAAAACGCUCUUUGUGAUAUCCCAAGCAUGAAUUGUUCUCCUGAGGGCUAAAUGGUAUGGUUUCUUCUCUCCUAGCCAAGCUAAUGCAUAGUCUAGGCAUCCAGUGAAGAAGCCACUGUGUGUGUGACUGCCUACUCUAGGGGGCAUGAUGGAAUCCUGCAGCAGAAGAGGUGGAGAGAGGGCAUGAGGGAAAGUGGCCCCCAACCGUAGAUGCUGUUAGAGGGACUAAGUUGUAUAAUUUAGCAUGAAACGUGGUACAGGUUUGUCAGUUCUGUGCUGCUGAGGACUGUCCACCCACAGCACCUUCUUGCAUGUGGAUGUUUUCUUAGAUUUUAAUGCAUUUCAAACACUUUUCUGAGUUGGAUUUUCCAGCCAUAUUUUAUAGGUGUAUUCAUGCACCAGUUUUAAUGCACACAACACUUUAUAAUGCAUGUUAAACAAGUAGAAGAGUGCACCUAAUUGGCUUGGGGAAAACUUAACUACAAAGAUAACUGACUGCAUAGGUGAUGGUGACCUUCCUUUCUUAACUGUGGGAAGGCCAGGUCAUAUGAGAAUGGAAGCUUUGUAUAACCAUAUUCUAGUUCUCCACUUCAUGAUCCCCAACACUUUUUCACCCUGAAAAGCAAUUAGCAUUCUGGUGGCAUUUUGUCUGUCAUAAAGGUUCUGUUGUGUUUUUAACCCCACUAAAAUUAAGUUAGAUAAACUCUUACAAGGUCAGGAUUACACUCGGUCCAAGUAACGAGUUGUGACUCCCACUCAGAAGCCAUGAUGGCUUGAUAUCUGGGGACUGAACAAAAGGAAGACGACAAUGUGUGCUAUUGCUUUUCCCCAUUAGUCUUGCAUAUAGAUUUCUCUUUGUCCAGUGGUGGAGAUAUGUACUUCUCUUUCCUGGGGACUGUAGUGUGGCUUUAGCUGCAGGGAAGAAAACUGCAUGCUUUAAUGUGCUGGUUUAAUGGUAGAGACUGGGGGAGGGUGUGUUGAACAAAGGCUCACAAAGAGCCUUGUAGCUCUUAGCAAAAUGCUUUGUGCAUGAGAAAAGGGAGGAAGACAGCCAGAUUAGAACCCAGUAAAAAUGGCUAGCAUUCUUAUCUGUUAGUCUGAAGGUAGGGUUGACCAGUGUCAUAGUUGGUCCUUGCCUUCUACGCUGGAAUAGACAGCCUCAGGACAAAGAGAGCAGAGCUCUACUGUUCCACUUAACUUUGCCAUCUGCCUGCCGAGAUGGGACUGACUAGUGCCUGAAUGCAGCAAGAGCUUGACUUUCAGUACAUGAAUAGGUAAUGUGUUGGGAAUGAUUUUCCUUUGGCAAAGACUGGGCAGCUGAAGCCUAAAAGGUUCUGCAGUGGUGAGGUGGUAAGGUCACUUUUGACAUCCCAUCUGACUACUGCACUGUUGGUUGGAUGCUGUACCUGAGAGUCAUUCACUGCGCUACCUUGGAUGCAGGGCAGAACCUAUGAAAAUGGAUACUUCCUCUGGAGAAUUGUGCCUCAUCCCAUCCCCUCAGUGCAGGCCCUGACAGGUUCUUUGUGCAUUACUGCCCAUGUUAAAAACUCCAGCAGCCCUUCCCUCCUAUAGGAAGGGGAAUCUGUGAUUAGGAGGACAAUGCACUUUAAACUUCUAGCACCAGUGUGGGGGACAGACCAGCUGGGUACUUCCUGCACCACUAUUGCCUCAUGUGCAUAGCAUAAUGUUUCAAAAAUAAAGGCAGGGAUUUAGAAAUGCAUGUUACCUCCUGUGGUAAGGAUAGGGCUGGCACCAAACCCACACGUUCUUACUGUAGAACAGGAGGUAACCAUACACCUGCGUUAAAACAACCUGCUGUGAAACCUAUGUACAAACAGCUCAUUGUAAGUAUAAAACUUGUAUGUGAACUGUGUCAAGUCUGAGCUUUUUAAUUCCUCUGUAACGUUGCUGCUCAGUUCUAUGUAACUAGAAGUUAGUGUUCUUUAUUCAAGUAUCUGUGAUAUUGAACUCACUCAUUCCUGCUUCCUCAUGAAGCAGGAGGUAAAAUUAUGCCUGCCAGUGCUGCUUGGUGAGGUGUGAUGCUGUUCUCACUUCUUUUGAUUCACUGUUUGCUUGAACAGGGAGGGCAGGGUCUCUCCCCAGCUUCUGUGACUCCUUUGUUUGAAUGGAUAUUCUGCUGAGUCUUCAGCCAGCUUGGGAAAGGAGUAAUGCUGGAUGGGUUUGCCUAGAACUGGUGCCUAACUGCAAUGACAAAGCUACUGAACUCUCCUUUCCCCCAGUGCAGCCUGACCAGAGCUGGGUUUCAAUUGCCUGUAGCAAGUUAGUUGCUCACAUUCAUGUAUCAUUAGGUUUACAAAAGCCUGGAGUGCUUCUAUUUAUUUGAAUUUAAGUUCCAUGCGGGCAUCCUUCUUCCCCAAGCCUCAUGGUGACAUAUAUGUAUAAUACAAACUUCCUCUCUGCAAAGGGUGCAUCCACAACAAGGCAGGGGCGUUACUGAAAUAGAUAGUUUUAUAAAAGAAAGUUUACUUUAGUGGAGACAUGUUUGAAGACUCUACUUUUCUACAUUACAGUGAGAGCCAAGUUAAUCCUUGGUGUAACAGUCUUGCUGUUACCUAUGGAAUGCAUGUGGCCUCAAUAUCACUUUUGAGUUUUUAGUAACAAAGUUGUCAGAAGAAGCCUUCUCGAACAAGGGGUAUAGCGUGUCUAGGUACAGUACUAUACAUGUAUGACUUGAAUUUGAGUCCUGGUCAGUAUUGGAACUUUGUUGCAGUAAAACAUUUCCACUAGUGAGUAUUGGUUCUAUGAACCAUGUUAAAAGGAAAAAAUUAAACUUGUUAACCUUG